AUGGCCUGCUUGGACGACGGGCACGCGACGGCGAUGCGACGAAAUCGAACCUUCGAUUUCUGGCUUACGUAUCUUGGUGUCACCCUGGAUGAUGGAAGCCUGGAUUUCAAGGAACACCUGACCAGCCUCUGCGAAGGUCAAGACCCGGAACAGCAUCAUUCACAAGCUUACUGGAACUACCUGGAGUGCCAGCGCAGCAACAUUUCGGACAACCGCGCUAUCCCUAGUCUACUCCUCUGCCGAGUACUGCUCAGCGUUGUGGCUAAACAGCACCCAUACUACCGCGGCAACGCCCAGCUGAACCACACUAUGCGACUCAUCAGAGGCUGCCUAAAACCAACUCCCACACACUGGUUGCCGGAGCCCGUCCCGUCGGCCACAGACGCGGACGUCACAGACUCCGCACAACCGCCGUCGCGCAUCUCCGCCGAAUGGAGCGGCAUGACUGGCGGCCCUCCUGCAGAGGUGGUGCUUCGACUGCAUCCUCCUCAGACCACCCUCAGAAGCAACGUCUCCUCAAUGUCCAACUCCAGUGAAACUACGAAUGGCAGCGGAGUAGUGGUCCGCGCAGAAGAAGCCCUAAUAGUGGCCUUCGUCCUCCUGCUGUGGGUGGCGGCCAUUGCGCUCUUCUUCAACCGUUGGGGCAAGAUAAGGAUGCUGGAACCGUACCAACCCAAGUUCCAGCAGCAGCAUCGACAGAGCUGCGCCCUGGCGGAGAACUCCGUGUCUGUCGCGCCACAUCACCGCGCUUCCCUAUCGCGUGGCUGCGUGUCCUAUGACUGCGGUGUUGGCUUUCCUGCCUACCAGCCUUGUGGCUACCUCCCUCAUCGUCUUAGACAGAACUCCGUGUUCGUGGGCAGUAUGGGCGGCAUGGCCUUGAUCCCCGAGAGCCCGCCGCGGCGCUCGCGCUCCGCCGCCGACCUGCCCGCGCUCGUCCCCCCCUCCUCCGACCACCCGCACGCCACCCCCCGCUCCUCCCGCGCCGCAAGCCUCCACAGCGCCGUCGACCUCCGCAUCUCAGUACCCUCCCCCCGCGCCUCAAGAGCAGCCAGCUUACACUCCUCGGUAGACAUGCCGUCCGUCCAAGUACACAUUCGAGGGUCUGGGGGUAACCUCAAUAAGCCAAGAAGUCCAAGGAGGUUGACUAUAACUAAUGUGUGAGGUCAGCCGCUACAGUCCGAGAGGUUCUAAACUGAUGAUGAGGCGAUCUCUAUCAGUUUGGCCAGCUCAUGAAGUGGAAUUUGAUUCUUUUGACUGGUUUCCCAGUAUACACUUAGUGCCACUGUCAUGGAAGCUACUCUUUAUAAAUAACCUGAUGGGCAUUUUCGCGAGAACAAUCACCAUUUGUUUUCUAAGGUAAUUAAAUUUAUGUUUUUCCUACUCAGAAUCACGAGCCCUUUCGAUCUAGGGCAAAAAACAAGAGACAAAAAAAUCCCAAAAAUUUUCCAUUAUUUUGCGUACUUUCGACUUUGUAACCGCUGUACUGUACAAAGUGUUUGAAAAAUGGUUACGAAGUAGAAAAAUUAAAUUUGGGACGCUUUUUUUACCUACUUAGAUCGAAAGGCCUCGUGAUACUGAGUAGGAAAAACAUUAAAUUUACCUAUUUUAGGGGAAAAAAGUUUUUGAAUCUUUUUUCGCGUAAAUGCCCUCAUAACUGAAAUAUAAUAUCAACUCAUGUACAUUAUGUGUAAUAUUUUCCGAAAUCAGUCAAAUAAAUAAUACAAAUUGCAAAAAUCUUCAGAUUUCUAACUCUCGGAUUGUAGUUGCCUUCAACAAUAUAUCAGAAACAUAAUGUAUAUUUAUAUCUCACUUGCUCACGUUUCUAUUGUAUUUCUCUAUCGCGACACUCCACUGCUCGUUCCAAACCCCCUUAGCACGAUUUGCAUUGUCGCUCGUCUCAGUACUUGAAGUGAUGUUUAGUUGAAGUCGCGUGCUAGGGAUCGACGAAAACAUGUCAUUAAAAUCCAUUUUCAUGGCCAAUUUAUUUAAGGACAUAUUUAAGUUCAGAUAAGUGGAGUUUUUUUGUAUGUAAGUUAAGGGGGACAAUUUGGACUGGGUGGGGGAAACUCAAAUUAAUAAGGCAAAACAUGGAAAAAAUCGAUCUGUUGAUGAAAUUGUUCCCCACUCGAAAUUACUCCAGUUUUUAUUAGUUCAACAACUUAACUAUUUUCAUGUCAACACAUGAAAACUUACUAAGUACUAAGUAGGUACUAAUGUUUACCGUGUAUCAGGCCGCUGCUGGCGAUGAAAUCAAUUGAAGUUUACGUACAAUCAGAAAAAUUCUGAUAUGUCACAUCUGGCCCCCUAGCCGAAUGGCAUUUCCACGACGCGAAACGAAAACAAAACGCCGCGAAAGGUAGUCUGGCUCUGUCGCGCCAAUACGCAAGAGCGAUAGAGAUAGAUAUCUACGAGCGUUUCGUUUCGUGAGCGUUUCGUAAGCGUUUGAGCAUUCGGCUACGCACGCUGAGUAGAAACUCUAACAAUAUACGAAGUAACACCUAAAUGAGCAUUUCUUUUUUUUUUUGCCACUUUUAUGAAGUGUGAUAUUUUUGAAAAAAAAAUAUGCUAUUUCUACUCAGAA